AUGGCGGCGGUGGCGGAGGGCGCGCCCGCGGCUUCCGCGCAGGCGGCGGCUUCCGCGGCGGCCAAGGAGGCGGAGUACCGCAAGGACGUGCAGAAGCUGGUGGACCUGCUCUCCAAGCUGAACCCGGCCGCCAAGGAGUUCGUCCCGUCCUCCGCGGCCGCCACGCCCAGGAAGGGCCUGUCGGCGGACGCGCCGGUGUUCUACUACGGCCCGAUCGGAGGCCGGAGCGCCGGGAUCGGCGGGUACCCCGGCAGCGCCGACGCCGGGUACAUUGGGUACCAGCAGCGCAUGCAGAGAAGGAAUUUUGUAGAUAAUGAGAGGAGGAAUGUAUACAUCAACCAUGGGAGGAGGAGGACAAAUGAGAGGGCGAGGCGUGCAGACAGGGAAGAGAGCAUCCGACGAACCGUUUAUGUCUCUGAACUCGACCAUACUGUGACAGAGGAAAGACUUGCUGAAACCUUUGCUAACUGCGGGCAAGUUGUCGAUUGCAGAAUCUGUGGUGAUCCACAUUCUGUUAUGAGGUUUGCAUUCAUUGAGUUUUCUGGUGAAGAGGGGGCUAGAGCUGCACUUAACCUUGGUGGCACAAUGCUUGGGUUCUACCCCGUUAGAGUCUUGCCUUCAAAGACAGCUAUCUUACCUGUGAAUCCAAAAUUUCUUCCAGCGACGGAGGAUGAGAAGGAAAUGGUCAUACGGACGGUUUAUUGUACAAAUAUAGAUAAGAAGGUUACUCAAUUAGAUGUAAAGAGUUUCUUUGAAGAACUUUGUGGUGAGGUCUCUCGUUUGAGACUUUUAGGCGACAAUGUACAUUCAACAAGGAUUGCUUUUGUUGAGUUUGUCAAUGCUGAGGGUGCCAUCCAGGCUCUGAACUGCAGUGGGAUGAUUUUGGGCACACUGCCAGUCAGGGUGAGCCCUUCCAAGACCCCGGUGAAGCCCCGUCUAAAUCGGGUGGUGUCAAACUGA